UUAUAUUCGUCCAAACUAUUCAGAACAAUCUCCAGCUCUCCAGAAUGGGUUCUUUAUUUCGCAGUGAGGAGAUGUGCCUCGUGCAGCUGUUCUUUCAAACAGAAUCGGCCCACAAUUGCAUCAAUGAACUUGGUCAUCUUGGCUUGGUUCAGUUUAAAGAUCUGAAUCCUGGUGUAACCACAUUUCAGAGGCACUUUGUGAAGGAAGUGAAGAAAUGUGAAGAAAUGGAGAGAAUUCUGAGAUAUCUUGAGAAGGAGAUGGUGAAAUCUAACAUUGUAAUUGCUGUAACAAAGGAGAAGGAGAUGGUUCCCUGUCCCAGAGAUGUUCUGGAGCUGGAGUCCACAUUUGAGAAGUUGGAGCAGGAGCUGCGAGAAAUCAAUUGUAACCAUGACACCCUCAGACAGAACCUCAUUGAGCUGAUGGACAUCGACUCUCUGCUGAGGAUGACUGAAGACUUCUUUGAGGAGGCCGAGUUACUGCUAUGCUCUGAGCCUCCGUCUGAAGAUUCGGUGUCAAUGACCGUCUCGUCCUACUUAACCUGCCGCAGAUACAGCAGUGCCAGCACCUCCGGACCUCUAAAUCUAGGUUUUGUUGCAGGUGUUAUCAAACAAGACAGGUUUCCUGCUUUUGAAAAGGUUCUUUGGCGCCUUUUUCAUGGAAAUUUCGUCCUUCGGCACGCAGAGAUACAGACCACAGACGAACUCCAAGUGGUGAGAGGAGCUGUGAAGAAGGACGUGUUCAUCAUAUUUGUCCAGGGAGAACAUGUGCGGGAAAAGAUCAGGAAAGUGUGUGAAGGAUUUCAUGCCAGUUUGUACUCAUGCCCCAAAACUUUGAAUGAGCGCAAGAAGAUGAGCAACAACGUAAAGUCACGUAUGGAAGAUCUUCGAAUGAUCCUGAGAAGAACCGAAGAAUAUCGCGGUGGUGUCUUGACCAGAGCAGCCGACCACGUCCAGGAGUGGGGCAGUAAAGUGAAGAAGAUGAAGGCCAUCUACUACACACUGAAUCUCUGCAACAUCGACAUCACGCAAAAGCUGAUCGUAGCAGAGAUCUGGUGUCCCGUGUCAGAUCUCACUUUAGUUCAAAACGCCCUGAUUAUGGGAUCAGAGCAGAGUGGUUCCAGUGUGACCCCAGUCCUGAACCGCAUCCAAACCCAGCAAACUCCACCAACCUUCAACAGAACCAACACAUUUACUGAAGGAUUCCAGGCCAUCAUUGACGCCUAUGGUGUCGGUACCUAUCAGGAGAUCAAUCCAGCUCCAUACACUAUUGUAACCUUCCCCUUCCUGUUUGCGGUGAUGUUUGGAGAUUGUGGUCAUGGACUGGUGAUGACACUGUUCGCAGUCUGGCUCAUUACACAGGCCGAAUGUUUACGAAAGAUGAAAAAUGAGAUUAUAGAUGUCCUGGUCGGUGGACGCUACAUGAUCUUGCUCAUGGGAAUGUUCUCCAUAUAUACUGGACUGAUUUACAAUGACUGCUUCUCCAAGUCCUUCAACAUUUUUGGCUCCUCUUGGCGUGUGCGACCCAUGUUCUCUCCUCACGGGCCUUGGCAAAACAAAACACUCCAUGAUCAUCACCAUCUUCAGCUGAACCCAACUGUGCCUGGAGUUUAU